GUACCUGGGGGCGGGGGCCGUCCGAGGGUGAGGGCCAGGGGUCGGGCUUGCCCGGGGACCCCGCGCCGCGACUCUGCGCGAAUUUCUCUUUCGUUUUGGGCCAGGCCGGAGGCGGCGGGGCCGUCCCGGAACGACUGCGGCCGGGCGCACUGGGAGUUAAUCCGAAAGCGCCGCAAGCCCCGCGGGCCAGACUCCACGUGUCACCGAGAAGCUGAUGUAGAGAGGAGACAGAGAGAGAAAGAAAGCAAGAGACUAGAGUCCCGGGAAAGUCCUGCCGCGCCUCGGGCAAUUAUAAAAAUGUGACCCCCCGGGUCGGCCUUCCAGCCACCACCCUCACCUGCCGCGUGCACCCGUCUGCGUCCAGCUGCCCGCUCGGUUCGGUGCCCCCGCAGCGCCGCUCAGCAUGUGCCCGCCUCGCAGACUCCUCCUUGUGGCCACCCUGGUCCUCCUCCACCACCUGGACCACUUUAGUUUGGCCAGGAGCCUACCCGCCACCACAGCGGGCCCCGGAAUGUUCCAGUGCCUCAACCACUCCCAAAACCUGCUGAGAGCCGUCAGCAACACCCUUGAGAAGGCCAGACAAACCCUAGAAUUUUACUCCUGCACUUCUGAAGAGAUUGAUCAUGAAGAUAUCACCAAAGAUAGAACCAGCACAGUGGAGGCCUGCUUACCACUGGAAUUAGCCACGAAUGAGAGUUGCCUGGCUUCCAGAGAGACCUCUUUAAUAACUAAUGGGAGUUGCCUGGCUUCCAGAAGGAGCUCUUUUAUGACGACCCUGUGCCUUAGCAGUAUCUAUGAGGACUUGAAGAUGUACCACAUGGAGUUCCAGGCCAUGAACGCAAAGCUCCUGAUGGAUCCUAAGAGGCAGAUCUUUGUGGAUCAGGACAUGCUGGCGGCUAUUGCUGAGCUGAUGCAGGCCCUGAAUUCCCACAGCAAGAUUGUGUCACAGAAACCCUCCCUGGAAGAACUGGAUUUUUAUAAGACUAAAGUCAAGCUCUGCAUACUUCUUCAUGCCUUCAGAAUUCGUGUGGUGACCAUCGACAGAAUGAUGAGCUAUCUGAGUUCUUAAAAAGCUGAGGUCUCUCCUAAACUUAAAGUCAUUUUUAUAAAUAUUGGAACCAAAGAAAUUGUAAUAGGGCACGGGUUAAGAACUGGGGCGGGGGUGGCUUGACCUGUUCCUACUUAAGCUGGUACAGGAAUUCUCAUGCUUGUUUACAUUAGUCAUUACUCCAGAUUUGCAGGAUGUGACUGUUCUAUCCACAUGAUUCCUUUGAUCAAGUCUAUUUCAUAUUUACUAUGGAUAAGUUAUUUUUAAGUUUUCAUGAGCAAAUUGAUGAAGGGAAAUGUCCUCCCAGAACGUGUUUUUCCCUUUAAUAGAAGAGCAAGAAUUUAUAAGCUAUUUCAGUACCAAAGAGUUUGUAGGAACAAACACUCAAGCAUAAUUUAUUUUAAAAUAUUUAUUUAUAUAAUUUUGUGUUCAUGAAAGCAUGUGAACUUAUAUUUAUUUAUGUUAUAUUUAUUAAGAUAUUUAUUGUCAAGUGAAUUUGAGAUAUACCUUAUGUUGUUUUAAAAUAAAAGGACUGAAUUAAAGUCAUUCUC